AUGUAUCCCCCCAUGCCCCCCACUCCGCCUCCAUCUCCGCCCAUGGCCCGCUGCUAUGCUCCGGAGGACCGCCUGGGACUCCUCUUGGCCAACCGCCUGGAACUCACCAGCAUCCUGGGCGUCGGAGCCUACGGAGUGGUGUACACGGCCGUCGACAUCCAUACCAAUGUUCUGUAUGCUGUCAAGGCCCUCAACAAGACUGGGCUGGACUCCCGCCAGCUCAAGUUCCAGCAGCGGGAGAUCAAGCUGCACCAUCUGGCCAGCCAGCACCCCAAUGUGGUUUCCCUGGUCCGCAUUAUGGAUUCCGUCGACUGCACCUAUGUGGUCAUUGAGUUCUGUCCCGAGGGCGACCUGUUCUCCAGCAUCACCGAAAAGGGCAAUUUCGUGGGUAAUGAUCCCCUGGUCAAGCGUGUCUUCCUCCAAAUCCUGGAUGCGGUCCACUUCUGCCACUCCCUGGGAAUCUACCAUCGGGAUCUCAAGCCUGAAAACAUCCUGGUCACCGACCAGGGCUUGACCGUCAAGCUCGCGGAUUUUGGCCUUGCCACUACGGAUUACCUUACCUCGGAUUUUGGCUGCGGAUCGACGUUCUACAUGUCACCAGAGUGCCAGCAGCCGAACCCGCGCCCCAUGUCGUGCUAUGAGUCCGCGCCCAAUGACGUCUGGAGUCUCGGCGUGAUCCUGGUCAAUCUGACCUGCGGUCGCAACCCUUGGAAACGGGCCUCAAUCGAGGACUCAACGUUCCGGGCGUACCUCAAGGACCCUUACUUCCUGAAGUCUAUCCUCCCCCUCUCGGAUGAGAUGAUCUGCAUCCUGAACCGCAUCUUCGAGUGCGACCCUUCCAAGAGGAUCACCAUUACGGAGCUGCGCCAGCUGAUCCUGGAGUGCCCCCAGUUUACCCUGAACCCGGUGCAGCCCUGGGCCGCUGGGCCCGUGCCGGUUGACUACGUCAACCACUCAGUCCCAGUGUCGAUCCCCGGCGACAUCUACACCCAGUCCUCUGUCUCCUCGGGGUCCUCUCAGUACUCGGAUUUCUCGGACUCCGCGGUCUCGGACGCCUCCUCCUUCACGGAGGGCUAUCCUGAUGUGGAUAGCGUCUCGUCGAUGUCAUCUCUUGGACUGGAGCCCGAGCUGGACUGCAAGGAUGAAUUCACCGCCGGUGAUAUCCUGGAGCCUCACAUCAUCCCCCAUAUCCCCUUCCACAUCCCCAUCCCGGCUUGCUGA